AUGAUCGUACCACGUCAAUCCCGUGCCCCGACCGGUACACACCCCUUGCCCGGGUCCCCCCUUCAUAGUCACACCCCCUGCCCCCUCAUGCCAUCCACUCCCCCCGCCCCCACCCUCCGCGUGCCCGCUCCCUUGCCGCCUCUUUUGACCCUCCCUGCCCCCCUCGCCGUUUCCCACCGCCCGCCAUUCGCUCCUCCCCGCCCGUGCGCUCCCCUCGUUUACCUUCUCCUCCCCCCUCCCCUCCUCUGCUGCACGCCUCUUCCUUCCCCUCGCCGACCCACUCCACUCCCUGCCCCUCCUCAAUCCACACCCUGCCCCUCGUAUCUCGCCCCCCUAUGCUUGGUUUCUCCCCUCCCUGCCCCUCGCCGCCUUUCUCCGCUCCCCACCUCCCCCCUCUCCCUGCCCCCCCACUCUCCCCCCCUUGCCCUUGGCUUCCUACCUCCCUGCCCCACCUUUCCCCCCUCCGUGUGCUCAGCUUCUCCCCUCCCUGCCCCUCCCUCCUCCCCGCCCUGCCCCUCAUUUUCCGCCCCCCCACGCCCGGUUUCUACCCUCCCCGCGCCUCCCUUUCUUUCUCCGUGCCUCUCCUUUGCUCCCUCCCUGCCCCCGCCUGCCCAUGCCCCUGUCUUUGGCUUCUCCCCUCCCUGCCCCACGUUUCUUCUCUCCCUGCCCCCCCUCUGCCCCUCCCUUGUUUUCCCCUCACCCAUUGCUUCUCCCCUCCCUGCCCUUGAUUUCCCGCACCCCUGCCCUUGUUUCCUACCAUCCAUGCCCCUCGUUUCCCCCCUUUGUACGUUCAGCCUCUUCCCUCCCUGCCCCUCCCCUCCUCCCCCCCUGCCCUUUGCGUUCCCCUCGUUACGCUACCUUCUCCCCAUCCCUGCUGCCCUCUUGCCACCAUCAGCCCAUCCGCACCACCAGCCCCCCUCCCACCCUUCUCUCCCCCCCUCCCUUUCCCUCUCUCUCUCUCUCUCUCUCUCUCUCUCUUUCUCACACACACACGCACACUCCCCUCCCCCACCCCCCCACCCACGUCCUCCCAUUCUGCCCCUCCCUGCCCCUUUCCCACCCCCUCGCACGCCCCUCACCUCCCACCUCCGUGCAACUGGUUUCCCCCCUAUGGUGCCUCCCUUGCAUCGCUCGCCCCUCUGCUCACCCUCUGCCCGCCCCUUUUCCGUGCCCUCAGCUGGCCCAGCCCCUGCCCGUUGCUGCCCCUCCCCUUGCCCCCUCAACUCCCCUGCCCCCCGUACACCCCAGUCCCAUCCAACCGCCCCCACCCUCCCCCGGCUGCCCGUUUCCGCUCUCCACCCCCGCGACCGUUCACACCCCCUGCCCCCUCAUGCCAUCCGCUCCCCCCCGCCCCCACCCUCCGCGUGCCCUGCUCCCUUGCCGCCUCUUUUGACCCUCCCUGCCCCCCUCGCCGUUUCCCACCGCCCGCCAUUCGCUCCUCCCCGCCCGUGCGCUCCCCUCGUUUACCUUCUCCUCCCCCCUCCCCUCCUCUGCUGCACGCCUCUUCCUUCCCCUCGCCGACCCACUCCACUCCCUGCCCCUCCUCAAUCCGCACCCUGCCCCUCGUAUCUCGCCCCCCUAUGCUUGGUUUCUCCCCUCCCUGCCCCUCGCCGCCUUUCUCCGCUCCCCACCUCCCCCCUCUCCCUGCCCCCCCACUCUCCCCCCCUUGCCCUUGGCUUCCUACCUCCCUGCCCCACCUUUCCCCCCUCCGUGUGCUCAGCUUCUCCCCUCCCUGCCCCUCCCUCCUCCCCGCCCUGCCCCUCAUUUUCCGCCCCCCCACGCCCGGUUUCUCCCCUCCCCGCGCCUCCCUUUCCUUCUCCGUGCCUCUCCUUUGCUCCCUCCCUGCCCCCGCCUGCCCAUGCCCCUGUCUUUGGCUUCUCCCCUCCCUGCCCCACGUUUCUUCCCUCCCUGCCCCCCCUCUGCCCCUCCCUUGUUUUCCCCUCACCCAUUGCUUCUCCCCUCCCUGCCCUUGAUUUCCCGCACCCCUGCCCUUGUUUCCUACCAUCCAUGCCCCUCGUUUCCCCCCUUUGUACGUUCAGCCUCUUCCCUCCCUGCCCCUCCCCUCCUCCCCCCCUGCCCUUUGCGUUCCCCUCGUUACGCUCCCUUCUCCCCAUCCCUGCUGCCCUCUUGCCACCAUCAGCCCAUCCGCACCACCAGCCCCCCUCCCACCCUUCUCUCCCCCCCUCCCUUUCCCUCUCUCUCUCUCUCUCUCUCUCUCUCUCUCUCUCUCUUUCUCACACACACACGCACACUCCCCUCCCCAACCCCCCACCCACGUCCUCCCAUUCCGCCCCUCCCUGCCCCUUUCCCACCCCCUCGCACGCCCCUCACCUCCCACCUCCGUGCAACUGGUUUCCCCCCUAUGGUGCCUCCCUUGCAUCGCUCGCCCCUCUGCUCACCCUCUGCCCGCCCCUUUUCCGUGCCCUCAGCUGGCCCAGCCCCUGCCCGUUGCUGCCCCUCCCCUUGCCCCCUCAACUCCCCUGCCCCCCGUACACCCCAGUCCCAUCCAACCGCCCCCACCCUCCCCCGGCUGCCCGUUUCCGCUCUCCACCCCCGCGACCGUGUGCGGCUUCCAACCGCCCAACGGUGGUGCGCACGGGGCGUUUCUUCGCACGGGCAAGCCUCCCCGGGGGGCCCCCACCCCGCUGA